CGGUAAUCGAUAUUUGCAGAGAACGAUAACUGCUUCUAAUUCGAUUUGUCAUCUGUGGUCGUCGUAAAAAAUCUAAUAAGAGGGUUAAUAUGAUGUGGUUUUAGUGAAAAAACGUAAAAUAAAUUAUUGUCGAAGGUGUUAAACUAUAAAACAUACUAAGCCAGCGUAGAUUUUGGAAAAGUCUCGCUUGUGCAUGAAACCCCUGACCCAAUAAAAACUAAAACUUUUUUUAUUGGGGGUCUAUUUAUUAUUACAUUACGACGGUUGUUGUUGGGACGACGUCGACGACGGACGUGUAGGUGAGAAAGAGGAAGAUUGCCGAAACAUUUAGCAGCAGGCACGUACCAUUUAUAGUAUAUUUUUGCUUUUGGCCAGUGCAAUUUUUUCGGUGUGUGCUCUGUGUGUGACGUCGUAAGUCAACAUUUAAUACGACACACACACACCCGUACUCGUCUAUGUCCAUUUGAAUAUUUUAGUAAAACACAUAUAAAAAUUAAUUAACAAAACAGAUACAAUAAUUACGUGGAAUAAAGACAAAUAUCCGGAUUAAAAACCCCCACGGACACACACACAAAAAUGACGGUCAUAGAGGGUAACAAAGAUGAAGCAAUGCGAUGCAUUGAUAUUGCUGUGCAAGCGCUAACCGAAGGUAAAUUGGAAAAAGCCGAAAAAUUCUUAUUGAAAGCUGAGAAGCUGUUCCCCACGGAAAAGGCCAAAGUUCUCCUUAACAAAGUGAAAAGUUUUCCCUCGAAUGGCGGCUCAUCGGCUGGAUCCUCAUCACAACGCGAUAGUGAAACCGAUGGCGUACGUAAACGUAAAAAUUCCGAUUCACGAAAUGCUGAACCCGACUACACCGCCGAACAAAUGGAAGCUGUACGAAAAGUUAAGAAAUGCAAAGAUUAUUAUGAAAUUCUAGGUGUUACCAAGACCUCUACAGAUUCGGAAAUUAAGAAAGCCUACAAGAAACUUGCCUUACAAUUACAUCCGGAUAAAAAUCGUGCUCCCGGUGCUGUGGAAGCUUUUAAGGCCGUGGGGAAUGCGGCUGCCAUUCUAACAGAUCCGGAGAAACGUAAACAAUACGAUUUAUAUGGCAUUAAUGAGUCGCAUAGCGGUGGUGGAGGUGGCGGCAACGGUGGCAUGCGUAACGGUUAUUAUACCAGUGAUUUUGGCUAUGCUCGUGGUUUCCAAGCUGAUGUCAGCGCUGAGGAGAUAUUCAAUAUGUUUUUCGGUUCGGGUUUUCCACAACAAAAUGUCUAUAUGAGAUCAAAUCGAAGACGUCAACAAAGGGAGGAACGAGAGAAUCAAUCUUCAUCAUCGGCCUUGAUUAAUCUAUUACCCAUAUUGGUUUUGAUUGGCCUAUCAAUGAUGUCGUCAUUCUUUAUUUCGGAUCCAAUAUAUAGCUUGUCACCAUCACACAAAUAUUCGGUAAAACGUGAAACCAAUUCGUUGAAGAUACCCUAUUAUGUUAAGGACAACUUCUAUUCGGAAUAUCAAGGCUCGGUGGGACGACUAGAGGAAUCGGUGGAGGAAGAUUUUAUAAAUCAUUUGAAACUAUCAUGCAGUCGAGAAAGAAAUUAUCGUGAUUCAAUGUUAGCUAAAGCGCGUAGUUUUGGUGACCGUGACUUGUUCCGCAAGGCCCAGAACAUUAAUAUGCCCUCGUGUGAAAAUCUGCAAAAGUAUUUGAAUACAUAGUUUAAGCCAGUUAAGCACUAUUACUAGAGAGAGAAACAAAAAACGAUACAAAAAAUUGAUUUUGUUUUUAACUUUUUUUCUUUUGAAAAUACCACCUAAUAUACCACCCACAAAACCAAGCACCCCAUUCUCCCAUCCACUAACUUCACUUCCUCUAUUCUGCACCCAAAAAAAAAAAAAGAAACCAAACCCAAUUCUGGUGGAAUAUUUUAUUGUUUUAAAAAUACUUUUUUUUGUUUAUCCCUCCUUUUUUGUUGAGUGGAUUUCUAUAGAUAUGAUGAUGAAAAUGACAUCACCAAGGAAAGGAUUUAAAUUAUAAUUGUAGUUCAAUUUAAUGGAUUGUACGUGAAAGUGUUGUAUUUUAUAAGUAAAAAAUUGAGAAUGAAAAUUGAUUUCACAUACAAACAUACAUAUAGUGCAUACAAAACAGCAACAACAACAACAAAGAAACAUAUUAAUAAGUUAUUUGCAUUGUCAAUAAAAUGAUGGAAUUUACGACAUACCUAUAAUGAGAAUAGAACAA